AUGGAGGAGCCGAUGCCCAGGCUCACCCACGACCUAAUCGCGGAGAUCCUCUCUCGUGUGCCCUACAAAUCACUCUGCAUCUGCAAGUGCGUGUGCCCGGCCUGGCGCGGCAUCAUCGCCGACCCCGCCAACCGGAAGAAGAUGGCGCAGACCCUGGCCGGAUUCUUCUACCGCAUCACGGCCGACUCCGCCGAGCCCCCCGGCCACGCCGUCAACUACGCCGACCUGUCCGCCUUCCCUUGGGCGAGCGUCGCCGAGGCCUACCCGCGCCUGCCGCUGCCGCCCGACAGCACAGACUCCUUCGUCUCCCUCGAGGAUUCAUGCGAUGGGUUGUUUCUCACAAGCAUCCGCACGGGCACCCCUGCUGGGACAUCUCGCUACAUGGUCUCCAAUCCAGCUACAUGUGAGUAUGUUGUGCUGCCUCACUCUGGCUACGCCGGCGACUGCUGUCGCGCUUACCUGGGUUUCGACGGUGAAGUGUCCACUCAAGAGUUUCAUCUGUUUGAAUUUGUGCUGGAACAAUCCCAAUCCCUGGCUGUGAGAGGAGUGAACAUUUACUCUUCAAAAUCUGGUGUGUGGGCAUCGAUGAAAAGCCAAUGGGACAGCGAAGUUAGCCUGUGCUGGGGUCAACCCGGAGUUUUCCACAAGGGGUGUCUGCACUUGCUCAUACGUCAGCGUGGGUUGGCAAUAGUUGAUGCACAAGGGUUAAGAUGGAGAAUCAUUCCACUGCCAAUAUCAGUUGAUCCGAGUUUCGCGGGUUUCAUCGGAAAGUCUGCAAGGCAGCUAUUUUAUAUCGAUUCCGACGAUACUGAAGGACAUGAAUCAAGCACAUUUUCGACUAUAUCAGUUUACGUUCUUGGUGCUGAGAUCUAUAAGUGGGAUGGGACUCACCUGGAUGACAAAUGCAUGCAUUGGAAAUUGUUGCGUAAGCUUUCAAAUGUAGCUCCAAAUGUGUUGUUUCAGCUCGGCUUCGACCUUGAAGUCAUUGGAGUACAUCCACAUGCCAACAUAAUCUUCUUUAUAGCUCAUUGGAACAAUGAACUGAUUGCAUACGAUCUGGAUCAUCAUGAGAGCACAGUUGUAUAUCACGUUGAGCCUAACUACCAGAAGUUUAGGCCUUUUUUCUCUUAUGUGCCCUUGUUUUCCCGCCUACCACUGGAUGGAGGAAUGCGGUUGGCAACUCCAAAUUGA